UCGUUACUGUGGUGAUGGUUGAUUCCAAGGGACAUAGUAGUGAACUUUUUGACUUUUCGAAGUCUUUGAUAAACUUUUAAUUGAACUUAGCAAUUUGUGACUCCUUAGAAGAUGCCUGUGAAAAAGAAAAGUGGAAAAUCUAAAUCUGGGGGAAAAAAGAAAGGAGCGAAGAAGGUCAAGAAGUCCAAGGAAGAGCUAGCUAAGGAAAAGCUAGAGAAAGCUGCGGCAGCCUUUGAGGCAGCAGAUGAUCUUCAUUCUGCAUUUGUAGCUCGUAUGGACAAAUGGAUGACUGAUAACUAUGCACGAGCUAUUGAUCUCUUUCGGCGAUUUGAUGUGGAUGGUGAUGGUAGCUUGUCAUAUGAGGAAUUCUAUGCUGGAAUGCGAGAUUUAAAUGCACCAGCAAAUAACUUAGAGCUUUACAUUCUUGCAAAGAAGUUAGACAGGGAUGCCAAUGGCUUGCUAGACUACCUUGAGUUUUCCAAAGGUUUAAAAUAUUACAAGAAAGAGGAAUGUGUUCAAGAUGAUGGUUUGCCUGUUCUGAAAUUUGAAAGAGAGGAAUUGGAACAAUGCCCCUGUUGUAAACUUGGAUUAUGGAAACCUUCAAAGGAAAAGUUUCCUAGGUUUAUAAGCAUGGAACUUCAACUCCUGACAUUUGCCAACUUGCCACAGAUGAAAUCAUAUCCUGGACAUUUCCAGAUAUUUGUCCAUGCUCACAUACCAGUUUAUUCUGUGGAAUCAAUAAUCAAUGAACGAUUUGGAGGAACAACUAGGAAGGUUGUAAUAUACUGCACCUCAAAAGAAGGCAAACGAAUACAUUUAGAUCGUCACAAGACUCUUGAAGAGUGUGGCUUCACUGGUGGGCCAAGACCAGAACCACAGCUUGUGGAAUUAUUUUACGAUUUUGAUGUAGAGUUUAAUGACUGCCCAAUUCUUAUGAGUGAUCAUUAUUUUACAUAAUAAUUUGCAAGAAAUUGGUAAGCUUCUGAUUACAGUGGAUCUAGCUCAAAAUGUUCUAUAGUCUGUGUAGAAUUUUUUUUUUUUUACUUCCGUGCAAAACUUGAAUCUUAGUAAAUGUUGAUUUAAGCUUGUGUGAUGAUUGCAAUAUUAAGCCAUGAAAUAAUUUUGUAAAGAUAGUUUUAUUUGUUAAGUUAUCUGUGUGUAUAUCUAUAUUCAGAGUCUAGAGAGAUAAUAUAUUAAACACCAUUAAAUAUUUUACUCCCUUUUCAUCUACAUCACUAUAAGCAAGCUGUUUAAGGCUUUUUAAGUUUUGAAGCCUUUGAACUGAUUUACUGUUGAACAGUGUACAUAGGUUUUUAACUUUCGUGUCACUUAAUCUUAUUUUGUAUAGAUUAAGAUGCCAUAGGUUGAACAAAAUAGAAUACCAUUGUUACAGAGAUUAAAAGUGAUUGUAGAGUCAU